AUAUGAAUUUGACAUGCAUGAGAUAAAAGAGCAUCCUAUUCUCAUAAUUAGAAUCAUGGAUAAAAUAGUCAUUUUAUAAUUAGAAGAUGUGGAAGAACAUGUCCCAUGUCAAAUGUGACCACAACCUUAGUGUCCCACACCAACAUCUCCAUGUUCAUUUUCCUUCACUCACUUGUCUUUCUUUUCAUUCAUCUACCGACAAGUUUUUAGUUUUUGCUUAAUCUCAUUCAAUGGAAGAUAGAUAUUCUUUAAGCAUUAUAGGAGAAAUGGAUAAGCUUUGGUUUCACCAAAUCAUUCUUUUCUCAAAACCAACAACAACACCAUUUGUAGCAAAACAUGUUGAAAAACAUGUUCCUACACCAGAAUCUUCUUCCUCUUCCUCCUCCUCGUCAUCGUCGUCAUCGUCUAUUCUUUCUUUGACACCACUGCUAGAAGAAGAAACUUCAACAGAUGAAUCACUUUCUUCCGAGAAACAAGUUUCAAUAAUCUCUUUACCAAUUCAGGAUGGUUCAAUUGAAAACAAAGAAGAAAUGAAGGAAAUAUUAGACAAACUGAGUCAUUUGGAUUGUUCACAUCUAUCAUGUUCAUCGUUACCAACAACUCGAAACCGUCCCGAAAAAUCGAGGAAAAAGGAUAAACUGCAAAAAACCAUGAGCUGCAGGACACUUGGGGAACUUGAACUUGAUGAAGUGAAGGGUUUUAUGGAUCUUGGUUUCAUAUUCAAGAAGGAAUACAUUAGUCCAAGAAUGAUUAGUGUUGUUCCUGGCUUGCAGAGACUUUGUUCAUUCCAAAAUAAUAAACAGAAUCACUCAGCGUCGCAAAUAAUGGGUGAAGAUGCAACAGAAAAUAAUGAUGAUGAUGAUGAUAUUGUUGUUGAAGUUUAUGAAGAUGAAAAGAGAGAUAUCAUGAGACCAUAUUUAUCAGAGGCAUGGCUUAUAAAGAAGCCUGAUUCACCAUUACUAACCAUGAAAGUUCCCAAGACUUGUUCAGCUGAUAAUAUGAAGAAACAUCUUAGGGUUUGGGCUAAAACCGUGGCCUCAGAAGUCAAACAAGAAUGAACUUUACCAUAGAGUUUUAAAUUGUGGGCCGCAACCGCAAAGAGGUUCGAGUAUAUCUACAUCCGCAGCAGUAGUUUAAAACCAUGUUUUGUCAACCAAUCAUUGUAGCAAGUGAUAAUAACUAAAUAAUUGUAUGAUAUAUAAGAGAGGUGGUGCAAAUCAUGCACGUAAAGUUCUUGUGUUGUUGAUUUUUGUUGCUGGGAGGAAUACAAGUUAGGUAGAUAAGACAGAAAAGAAGUGAAGAGGGAGAUAUUAAGCCACUAUACAUGACGUGUCGAACUGGCAAGUGGGGUUGUACCAAGCAAUGAAGAGCUCAAUAAGACUGUUCCAUUGUUUUUUUGGCACCAUAUAUGACUAGAAGAAUCGUUAUUCAUGUAAUAUGUUUGGCUUCUUUUUCUCUCAUUAUUAACAAUGAUUUUGAAGAUAUUUCCAUGA